AUGUCAAGUCUGUCACCAACCAGCCCGGGUGAUGAAGAACCACAGCAUUGCAAUCUUUUAGGCGUUGUUAUCCCUAGGCCUACUGUGAAUGCCUCAGCCUUUGAAGGCUUUGAGCCACCCGGUCCCGAAUUCACAGAACAGCACGCAAUCAACAAGCUCAAGCGCGAUUUCUCCUGCGUUGAUACCUAUGGAGGCUCUGGAUUCACUAGCUUCUUGCUAGAGGAUUUCACUGUUUAUACAGACAAAGCUACAAGUAGAGAAAGAUAUGGCAUGGUUUCACUAGACAAUGUUGCGACAAAGCAAGGAAACGCGGUCUUUUAUUUCGACGGGAUUCUGAAGCCUACAGAGGCGGAAACCCCUACAUUUUAUCUACGACAUAUCCCAUUCAGCCUUGUAUCAAUUGGUGUCUACGAGGAUGUCGACGCCCAUGAGGUCGGAGAGGACCUCUGGAUUCAAUCGACCUAUUGUCACGAACGAGAUAAAGGCUGGAUAUGGUAUCGCCUUGGGAAGCCCUCUCGAGAAUACAAAGCAUAUCAUGACAGUUUCACUUGGGCUGCCAACCUUGCAAAGCAUCUGGUCGAUUACAUGCAACAUGAACAUGCUGUUCUCGCCGACUUCAAAGUCCGCUUUCAUGAUUGGCUUUGGGAACGCCACCACCUUGAUUCGAGCUUUCGGUCCUGGGUCAAAGAUUAUGGGAAAUCAGAUUUUCGACAGGCGAUUGUUGCGUAUGGCCCAUUCCUGUAUGGUCAGGCUGCGAAUGUCAGGCCUGAAUAUGGAGCACAUACACUCUGGGACGAGCUGGGGCUUUCGGCAACGCCAAUUGUUCCCGAGCAGCCAUCACACACCAAAUUCACAAUUGUAACACCUUAUGUCCAGAAGUGUUUCGAGAAAAUGCCCUGGGGUUCCUACUUGCGAGCCCUAGAGAUAGACCCAAGUAUUGCUGCCAAACGCCAUGCUCUUCUCCAUCGAAUGGGGCUCACCCCAACUAAGAGGAAGAUCGCCCCACGCUCUAAAUAUCCAAUUGCCCCAGGGGAUAUUGUUGCAAUCCAGAAAGACAAUGAAUCAGGAUGGAAGGGGACAGACAACCUUUGCCUACAGAUACUGUUUGCGCGGACCUUACAUACCCCCAUCACAAUGAACUUUUCUAUCAGACCAUUGCAAUUGUGGGUGAUAGGAAGGAUUGGUGUUGCUGAAGGUGUAAAAAAGGUGUCUGUGACAUUCUUCUCUGACAAGGCUGCCAAUACAGACUUCUUUGUUCGGCAGACUUACCACUCUGUGGAUGAAACUUUUAUGACUCUGCAAAAGAGCGACUUCCAAUGCCAAUGUGUCAAAGCUAGAGACGGCAGCCUGAAGGAAAAAGAAACAUACAAUCCUGGUGAUACAGUCUUGGUUGAGACAUCCGAGUUUUUAGAGCCUGCUGAGAUUAUUGACUUCCAAGGCAAUGAGGUCAAGGUUCGCGUAUUGCCUCGACGAGCUCGCGACUUUGGUGGAAACUAUCGCCCGAAUGAAUUGGUUUAUACUGAGCGCUUUCGCCUGGUCCACUUCGAACAAAUCAAGAGACAUUGUUAUAUACGUUUCUAUUCUGAACAACAGAGAGACAGCAACACCAUCCCUGCACCAUACAAUCGAGAUGGGAACGGGGGUGCAUUUUAUAUCACCUGCAGAGAAAGCAGCACCCAGGGUCUAUGCCCAAUGGACCCGCCUCCUAAUUUUUCCCACGGUUUCGAUCCCCUUGAGCCAAAACGAAGACUACGCGCCCUCAACUUAUUCAGUGGCGGUGGUAGUUUUGACAGAGGAUUGGAGGAGGGCACUGCAAUCAGGAGCGAGUGGGCGGUUGAAUGGGGAUUGGAUCAAAUGCUGACCUACCGUGCGAACCAUGAAAGUUCACACGACCUAAAGCUGUUCCGUGGCUCUGUGAAUGAUUAUCUGGCACUGGCACUCAAAGGAGACAAGUCUGACCUUAUCGCAAAACUGGGACAAGUCGAAUUUAUUUCUGGAGGAAGCCCAUGCCAGGGAUACUCGCUAGCAAACCCCCAAAAAUGGAGUGAGAUGUCGCUGCGCAAUUCAUCCAUGAUCGCUUCGGUUGUCGCGUAUGUUGACUUCUAUCGACCGCACUACGCCAUUCUUGAGAAUGUUCCAGCGAUGGCAAGCAAGACACAUAAAAGGAACCCUCUGUCCCAGUUGAUUUGCGCAUUUGUCGGAAUGGGCUAUCAACUCCGGCUCAUGCACUUGGAUGCGUGGAGCUAUGGGGCUCCCCAAAGCAGGUCAAGGUUGUUUUUGCUCAUUGCUGCACCGGGGCUUGAACUUCCAGAUCAUCCCCCAUUGACCCAUUCGCACCCUAAAAACACUACGUUGCGUUCGCUAGGUGAAGCACCAAACGGGCUGCCUUUUGGUGAAAGGCGGUGGGAUACUCCGAUCUUCAAAUUUGUAUCCUCCUUGGAAGGGACGAGAGACUUGCCAGAUCUUCAGAGAGCAAAGGUUAGGUCAAUACCUUGGCCAGACCAUCGAAGUUCCCGUACUGAGGCUCACUAUACCCAAGCAAUCAUCGACCAGAUACCCAAAUACCCGAGAGCAAUGGGGCUACCAGACGCAAUGGCCAAGGGCUACCUGAAUUACGAUCCAUAUCCAAACGAAGGUCUCAGACGGAAAACCGCAUCGUCCAGGGCCUGGAGUAGGGUUAAUCCGCAUCUAUUAAUACCAACCAUUACGACCAAUAUCUCCCCCUCUUGCAAAUUUACCGGGCGGUGGCUUCACUGGCGCGAAAACCGUCUACUGACAGUCAUGGAAGCCCGCAGGGCUCAGGGAUAUCCAGACUCAGAGGUUCUGGUCGGACGGGCUUCUUCGCAGUGGAAGAUCGUUGGAAACAGUGUUGCGAGACAGGUAGCCCUGGCCUUGGGCCUGUCAAUCCGUGAGGCUUGCCUCCACAAUCCGCCGCCGCCGCCGCCAUAUGAACAAAUCUUGAAUGAUGUUGUAGAGCCAGCGAGAACUUCAACAAAUAAGAAGCGCAAACGCCGUCUUUCGGAGAUCGUCGUGAAGACGACGACAACGGUAGUGAAGACAACAACUCGCUAUCGGUUUGAGGAAGAAUUAUCACGGGGGUGA